AUGGCUGAGUUGAAUCGUUCAUCGAAUAGUAAGGGUCAUGCAAGUGAGUUUUAUUUGGCAUGUCGUGAAGGUGAUUUAAUGAAAGUGAAUCGAUUAUUAAAAACAAUGCAUAUAAGAGAAGUCAAUCAAAUCGAAGACUCGAACAACAGUACGGCUCUUCAUGCAGCUUCCUUUUUUGGACAUGCAAACGUAGUGAAAGCUUUAUUAGAGGUUGGUGCUAAUAUACACACUCAUAAUGGACAUGGCUUAACACCUGAACAAGAAGCACACACUCAAGAAAUUAAAGACUUAUUUAAACAACAUAAAAAGAAAAAUCAAAGCUAA